AUGAGUAGUAGUACUACCCCACAAGAUUCUAACAGUGAACAAAACAAGACGAAUGAGGUUGCCGAAACUAAACCAAAGGUGAACUUUACCGAAGGAGGUGUUGAAAACUAUAAAUUUUAUCCGGACGAUCCCAAGAAUCACAGACACAAGUAUAGAUGGGCGGGGAAAGAGGCUUCGAAGUUUUAUGAUCCUUGUGAAGAAAGCAGGCAGGCAUCUAUGGACUGCCUUUACCGUAACCAGGAUGACAAAUAUGUCUGUCAGGACUUUUUUGACGCAUACAAAGAAUGUCGAAAGGACUUUUUUAGAAAAAAGAGGCAGGAUAAAAUAGAUGGGAAACCAGGUUGGGGAUGGUAA